UGUCCUAUUACAAACGGUCGCCAUCGUAUUUUAAAAGAAAACCGAAUAACUUUUGCCUGUUAUUUAAAUAUUGCCUUUUUCCUGAUUCGUAUUUAUCAAACUUUAAAAAAAAUAAGGUUUGUUGCUGAUUAGAGGUUUGUUUUCAAAUUAUAUGUGUUACAAUUAAUCGGGUAAAAGACAUGAUUUCGAAAUAAUGAAUUCUCGUGCGUCCGACGUUUUGAACGGCAAAUCGAUCGCCAGCAGUCGAAAUCUGCUUACGCCACCAACAAAGGAUGAUAGCUACGAUGGCGAUUCUCUGUUGCCGCCCCGUCGUUACAAAUCGAUCAACAUUACUGAAUUGGAAGUGGAGAAUACCAUUCACCUGCAGGCCACACCACAGCGGAUGACGUUCGAACCGAAAGAAAUUGCCGCUCGCUCUACGAUGGACCAGUGCGCACCGGAUCAGGUUCGUCGAAAGUUGGAAGUUGAUCAGCUUGCUCCGGACAUUCAGGAACUUUUGCAUCAGAGUUUUGCCGACGAAAUUCGGGAACUAGGUAGCAAGUAUAAAGAGAAGCCGGAUUUAAAUCUUCCACGAACUGCUGAUAUGAGUAGAAUGUCGUCAGUUAGAGGAUCGCUUUCAUCAAUCCCAUCCAAAGAGCAGGAAGCUAACUCGGCAAAGCAGAAUUUUUGGGAUAUUUCUUCCGCAGGUCUUGCGGACAGUUGGAUGCAAAAGGAGCUUUCUCAACUGGACGAAAUUGAUUUUCGUCCAGCGGAAGAGCAAACCUCAAGACUGUUGAAGGAUGAAAUGGCAUGGGAACAGGAAAAUGCCAUCAUUCCGCAGGUUUAUGAACAGCAGCCGAAGAGUCCUUUGGAAGAAAAAGUAAAAAAGCUGAAGAAUUUGAAAAAUCAUGUGGACUUUUCGUGCUUCUCAGGAUAUUUGGAGCAAGAGGAUGUGGGGUCGAUGCAGGCUACUCAUAUCGAUGACAGCAGCUACUGUUCCGUCGGAGAGUAUUUCAAUAAAAUGUCCUCAAGUUUGAAAGGUAUGAUUCCGGAUGGAAGCCCGCCACGGAGAACUCCCUAUCCUCUCGUGGACGUGAGCAAUCUAGGGUUAGCCGCUGAAACUGUGUCAAAAAGCCCUCUUAAAAGCAAGAUAGACCAUAAGAAAGUGUCACCAGGGUCAGAUAAGGAAAAUUCGCUUAGUGUAUCCAGUAUAAUGAAAGCACUAAACUCAAUACCGCUGGAAGAUUCGCCAACCGCAUUUAUUGACAAGCUAACAAAUCUACGCAAGGCAAAAUCAAAUCUCGCUGCUACCCAGUCGGAAGUGGCAGCUGCAGGAAUCAAUACUCCCGCAUCCGAUCAUCGACAAACGAAGCAGCUGCACAAAACUACUUCCCUCAAGACUGACCUAAAUUGCGUAACGAAAAGCCCGUCCUUUGUUCGCGAUCUAGAUGAAGUCAAAAAGCGUGUCCCCCGAACCUCCGGGGCUCUUUCCGAUACGGCAAGUUUCACUGAGUCCCUACUGGAAUCAUCCGCUUUUGUUCCGAUGAAGCCUGUCCCCGUUUUGCAAACGCCUGCUCCUUCAUCAGCGGCGAAAUCGGACCGGAGUGAAUAUGAUGCAAAAUCCCAAUACUCAACGGGCCGAAAGCCCUUCUUGGAUACGUAUCGGGUUUCGACUGCCACUAAAUUGUCGGAACACCAAUUAGAGCUACCACCGGUUCCAAUUGUGCGAGAUCCUCCCAAAUGCCAGCGACAAAUCAUCACGAACGAUGCUCCGGUUAAACCUAAUCGAAAGAGAAGAUCUAGUUCGGCCACACGACAGGAGCUGCAGGAAAACGAGGAUAAGCUCCAGGAAGCUGCUUUGAUAGCCAGCGGUCAGAAACGAUCCCGUUCGCCUUGCAACCUGGCGGAGUUGAAAGCCGUCGCAAGCCAUCUGGUGGAGUAUCCGGAUACACCAAAAGGUACAGUUCCAUCGCAGCGUGGUGUGGUUGGUCCAGGACAAAAAUCGUUCCUUUCACCAGAACCUAGAUCUCGGGAAACUCAAAUGUACGGUGGGACGUCUGCGUUUACUUCGCCCAAAUCUGUGGCAUCCAACCAGGAGUCUGAAACAGAGGAUCGUGCUGCGUUGACGGAUCCUUCAAGGGCACAAGUAUCCGGCAAUUUUCUGUUUAGUUCCGCACGGUCUGCAUCGCAAUGCUCGGUUGCGGGUAGUGAAUUCAGUCACAAGGAUGGUAUUUUACCGCUGAAGGCUACUCACACUGAAAUUUCCUGGGGUAGCUCUAGACUCAGACGGAAUGAGAAGAAAUCGAUGCAGAUUAAGAACAUUUCGCCAAAGAAAUUGGUAAUCAAAGCCAGCAUAACAGGCCCCGGUUUCCAACUGUGCGGAAUGGAGCAAAGUGGAAUUUUGACACUGCAAAGUCAGGAAUGUCGCACUAUAACGGUAGAUUUCUGCCCAACCGUCAUAGGGGCAGCCGUUGGACUUCUGAGUUUUCAGCCUCCACACGACUGCUAUAGCCAGCGAAUUGUAUCUCUUUUUGGAUACGGCGGGGAGGCAUCGUUAAGAGUUGAAGGCAUCCAAAAGGGACCGAGUGGACCAUAUUUGGAACUUGGUCAAGCACGUAAUCUUGGAUGUCCCUUGGAAAAAUCUUUCUCUUUGUACAACAAGGGCAGCCUGCCGGCGUUUGCCCGGAUUGGAAUCGACAAAAAAGGACUAGAUCAAACUUUUCUUGCAUCCGCCGUUUAUGUUCAACCCCAGCGGGUCAUCAUCCCGCCGAAUAGCUACGCUCACAUCCACGUCAUUUUCAAACCGCGUCGCCAAGAAGUUGCCAAAAUCCUUCAAAAACAAGUUGACGUUCUUUCCAUCACUAAUCUACAUAUUCUUUGGGGCGAUGAACCAACGCGGCACCGUAUCCGCAAAAUAAUAACGCUCAUCAAAAGAAACGAUCUGCAACAGGACAAGAUCGCUCCGUUGGAAUCCGUGUGUGAAGUUUUCCCUAAAGAAAAAGAAUUCAACGAACUGGAAUCCUUCACCGAAAACCUUUUCGAAACCAUACAUGAACUGUUCCUGACUCUCCGCGAGUAUGAACUAGUCCUCACGGUGGAUCGCGCUUUGGACGAAACGAUGAUCGAUCUGACACUAUCGGAGGACAGCAGUGACCUGUUUAAAACCAUGUUCAUCUCGUCGGACGUCGGCUCACCACGUUUACCCGAGGAUAUCUCUCCCGGUUUUGCACCCGCACUUCAGUCAGCCAAGCGAGAAAGCGGCGAAUCAUGGAGUGUACGGCCAACCUUCCUUGAGUUUCGUCCCACCGAGCGGACGAAACAGUUUGUGAUCAAGAGCAACUUUUACUCGACGCAGUUUUUUGAACUUAAUUCCAACUUCCGACCGUUGUUUCGAUUUUCGCCCAUGGAGGGACAGAUCCGUCCCGGGCAGGAGGUGGUAGUGAAUGUGGACUUCCAGUCGGGGCCUCCCACCCAACAGCAGAUACUUAUUGUGGUUUACAUAGAGAAUCAGAAGAUUACCAUACCUGUUUACGUUCGGAACAGAAUUUGAGCCCGGUGCUUGGAAAACGGCGAAUAUGGGAAUUCAUUUAGUUUUGUAAUUAUCAUUCAUUUAGUUUUAUUUAUUGUAUAACUGUUCCUAUUUGUUAUGUGGACAUCAUUAAUGCAGUGCAUUUAGUUGGU